UCAUGCAGUGCUUAGCGAAAAAUACUUCAGUAUGAAUUGUCUCUGCAGACUGGGAAGGCUGUUGUUGGUUUUCGUUGCUCAAGCUUACGUUGUGAAACGAGCAGCAGCUCAGACGCUGGAACACCUAAAGGAUGUGGACGCCGGUCAUCUUGGGGCUUAUAGCAGCCACUUAUUCAGUGCAUGGAGGGCGAGCGAACAAUGACCCGCUCACCGUUGGUGACACGGUGCGCAUCCGUGUCCUAGUGGAGAAGGAUUCUUACUUCGGCGUGGUGGCAUGCGGUAGCCUUCAGUGUCGCGGCGUGCGGCUGGAGGGCGUCGACAAGAGCGGCAUGGGUUUCAGGACCUUCGUUUCAGACAUCGCUGACGUCGAGUCAGCCGAAAGAGAAAACAAGAUCCUCCGCGAGAAAUGGGUCAUCAAGCAGGUCUUGUCCAGCGCCACAUCCUUCGUUCCAGGCAGACAGUACACUUUCGUAGUUAGCCGCCCAACAGAAAGGGAAAUGAUCUUCUGGGUAGAGGGAAAGGAGAGUCGUGUAGCAAGAAUCGGCCUGGAAGAGGGCAAGGCAAUGUUACGUGUUGCCUUUCAUAAUGGACAGUACAGUUUCAUUGAUGAUGAUAAUGCAAAUUCGCCACCCAAACAACUGUGCCCUGCCGCUUCACUUGACAAUCCUUUAGACAGCGCUGAACUUGAUGGGAAAGAUGCAGAUAUUUUGGAAGUCUUUGUAGGUUGCAGGUAUAAAAGUGAGGACAAAAUCAACGCAAUGUGUAUUGUUUACCUCGCGGUGGAAGGCGACAAGAUGAUUCGUGAGGCUUACCGCUCAAAACUGUCCCGUGACACGUACGAUCGCAAGGAUACAGCCACAAUGAAGUUACCGUUCCGGUUCCAAGAUCAACAAAUACUCAUAAUGAAAGUUUACCACGGCGACACAAUCUGUGGCAGACUGGAGAGUGAUAAGAUGAUAGGCACCGUCCAAACACCUCUCGCUACUAUAAACCGGAAAGGAAAGGUAGAGCUUUCAGUAACCAACGAUCUCGGGGAAGAAUUUUUCGUUAAUUUUCAGCUUAAUUGUGAAGAAAAAAUAACAUUUUCUUUAAGUGGCAAAAACAUUCCAGUUGACCACGACGUGUCCUUAAAGGUGAUGAGAGCGCCUUCAGGCAACACGGGGCAAAAGUUUUACAGAAACAACUUUGUAGAAGUAGUUGAAACUCCCAAGGUUUCAAUGGAUACGAGUUUUGUUCAUUGGGGCAAUAUUACUAUUUCGGUUAAAGAACUGUGUGACGGGGACUACGACCGACCCAUCAAAUUUGUUGCUUUAGCGCACGAUGACGGAGAUUCCAAGCUGAUUGGCUCUUUCGAAGCGACGCUCAACCAGCUCAAACAGCCGAAUGGCCCUUUCGUGCUCGUAGACACCAUAAAACAGGCGGAAGAAGGCCAGGCCUACACGAACUCUGGUCAAAUUUUUGUCGGGGAAAUCCCCUUAAGUCCAACAUUCAGUCAGUACGUUGCUGUUGGAUUUGAAAUAGUCGGUUCGAUUCAAAUCGACUUUACAGCAUCCAACAACGACCCAACGCCCUCCUUACAUUAUAUAAGCGACGUUCCGAAUAACUAUGAAGUUGCCAUUCUGAGUGUAGGUGAAGUCGUCGAGAAGUUUGUUUCGGACUCCAUUUUUAAAGUAUACGGAUUUGGCUCAAAGCUUCCUGGGGAAUCAGCAGAGUCCUUUGAUUUCAGUCUCAAUUUAGGUUCAGAUUCACCGGAUUGCAAAGGAGUACAAGGCGUGCUAAAAUCGUACCAUGAUGCAGUUCCACGGUUAAGCAUGUCAGGGCCCACUCAUUUGGCGCCAGGCCUUAGGAAGAUAGUAAAUGUUGCAAGAAACUACAAGGAUGGCUCGAAAUAUCUCGUUCAUCUCUUGCUUACUGACGGAGAUAUUCAUGACCCCCAAGAAACAAAAGAGGCUAUUCUGGAGGCAUCUUCACUGCCUCUGUCCAUAAUUAUGGUCGGCAUCGGAAACAGCGAUUUCAGUUUAUUAAAAAGGGUCACAGAUCAUUCAGACGGUGACACCGUUUCUUCGCCGAAACAAUGGACCGAUGGAAAUGGACGUCAACACCGUGAUAUCGUCCAGUUCGUUGCCAUGAAAGAUUUCGUUUCCGAUAACAGAAAUGCGACAAAACGCGCUUUGCGUAAUAGAGUUCUCUCCAAAAUUCCUCCUCAGUAUCUAGAAUAUAUGAAAAUUCGUAAAAUUGCUCCUAAGCCACCGAAAGGUUCGACUAUAACGCGGGAGUGCUAGAGUAAUUCUCUAAACUUGUCAUUGUUUGUCCAAAACCGUACUCCGCGUAAAUAAAAUUUUCCUGUUUUCUCCUACAGCAAUUAUUUUAAAAAUGAAACAAGUGAAAUACGAACUGUGUAUAUCGGUGGGGAAGCAAUGCAUAGGCAUGAAUUUUUACCUUUGUGGCACAUGUACCGAUCUACCCAUAGUGUGAAAAACAGCCAAUACCAACUCCCGGAACUGCUGAACGUUGUUGCUAGGACACGUAAACUUCGGGUAAUUCUGAUCAUUUUAUGAGAGCACACAGAAAUCAAUUAAUUAUCAAUGAUUGCUGGUGCAAACAAUGUACAAUGCGAAACACUGUUUUCUUGUUAGAGUAUUUUGUAUCGUGCUCGAGGAUGAACAUUGUGUAGUGCGCACUCUAAAUGGAAAGUAACAAAAUUGUUCCCCUUAAUGUGGAGUGUAGUACUUCCGAUAACAAAACCCGUUUAGGACGUUCAAUUCCCAAUACUCGAUAACAAUCAUCAUUAAUUAAUCAACUGUGCAGCAAAAAAACACAUUGGGUAAGAGACUCUUGUCUCUACCGCAUAGAUAAGCACUUCCACCCAUUAAUGUUCGGACUUUGGCCCUAAGUGUCGUGCACCUGAUUCCUUACUGCGACGUGAGAUGGGAUCAUAGAGACCGCAAUGCAGGGAAGAAAAGUAGACAGACUAACGCUAGCCUACGUUUGGCGUAACAAGUCUCACGAUCUGUUCCACUGACCUGGCAUAUGUCCGCGCAAUCCUUUAAAAUAACAUUCAAAUUUUCAUUUAAAUCAAGGAAGCUGAUGCUAGUGGGACGAAACCCUGAUUAUUUGUAUGUAGCAAUUGAAGAUGAUUUUUGGGGUUUCUGUAGUUGAUUUCUCAUAUGAAUAAAAUCGCUUGGUGCCUUUGUAUUGCUUAAGAUACAAUACUGUAGAUAUCAGAGAUGUUUGCUGAUGGCAAACUUAACACGUAGAAAUCACUCAUAUGAUCAUGUAUCAGAUGGGAAAUGUUUUUACUCCUACUUUUUAUAUCAAAAUAUUGUAACCUCAAGGUUUUAUGUUACUGACCAAACAUCUGUAAUGGGGUGUUAAAAAUAAAGUGCCAGUACCUUCGGAUUCA